UUUCUCUAAUUUCGCUGUGUAAAAAACCCUACUUAAACGCACCGUGUUCAACAUAUCACUUCAUCAGAUACUUUGAAUAAUAAACCUCAGAUUCUCCAUUAGCUUCCUAGAAAUCCCAAAAUUCAGACCAAAAUUAAAACCUCCAGAUUCACAUCAGAUUAUAAAUGAUAUGAUGAGCAGACCAAACGACCACCUAAAAAUCUCCAAAAAACAACAAGAAAUGGACGAGAAUAUGAUCACUACUGCACUGAUGAUGACGAUCCUACGUGGGAUUCAACAGGCCAAAGACCUGGAGCCGAACCUAGCUCACAACCUCGCCAGCCGACGUGAUUACAUUGCCCGAGCCUGCGAUGACAUCGUUAGGGUUUUCAGCAGCGUCAGGGAGAGGGUUUCAUCAUCAUCGCCGCCGCAGGUGAUCGCUCCGCCGCCGCUGCAGCUCGGCGGCGUUCUUGAUCACACCUGGCUGAGCACCACCGCCGCCCAUGAUCCUCACCUUUUUCAACCUCACAUGGUGGCACCACUGCCACUUCCGGCUCAACCCGUGGCGGCAGCGGCGGCGAGGGUACACCGCUCCGGGAGCUGUGGCGGCGUGCCGGCGGCACAAAGACCAAGACGGCUGAGUAGGAGGGAUGAAAUAGACAGACAUACGAAGAUAGUAGAAGCUCCUCAGAUGGGAAAUGUUGAUAUUCCACCUGAGGAUGGCUAUACUUGGAGAAAAUAUGGGCAGAAAGAGAUCCUAGGCUCAAGAUUCCCCAGGGCAUACUAUAGAUGCACUCAUCAAAAACUGUAUAGUUGUCCGGCCAAGAAGCAAGUCCAACGUUUGGACGACAAUCCUUUCAUGUUCCAAGUAACCUACCGAUCUAAUCACAUCUGUCACAUGUCCGCCACCGCUCCCUCGUCGGCGCCGCCGCCCCUGCAGCCACCGCCGACGACGUCGAGCGGCGGAGCAGUAACCGGCAGCUGGCUCACCAUGGACAUCAAGCCGCAGCCGCCGGGGGAAGCUGCAGGUACGAGUUCCGGCGGCCCUUUUGGUGGCGGCCAUGCCGUCUCGGUUUCUAGCACUAGCAACGUGCCCGUGGCAGCCGGCAGCGGCACCGCCGGGCCCUCCACCGCGAGGUACGAUAGGGACGUUGUCGGCGGCAGCGGCGGCGGCGACUACGGCGGCCAGCCGGUGGUGGACUUGGUUGACGUCAUGUUCAAUUACUCCGGUUCUAGCAGCAAUAAUAGCAUGGAUUUAAUAUUCCCUUCCACGGACCAAAAAGGGGAUAUUUCCGGAGAAAAAAACUAAUUUAAUUAAGGGGAAAGGUCAUAUUUGACCUUAAGUUAUAUCGAGUCUCUAAGUUAUCGGGGGUGUAAAAUUAGUCUUUCAAUUUUUAUUUUAAGUGGUAUUUUUAGUUUGGACUGACAAAAAUUGCUAAGUUGAUUAAAGGAAAAUGACAUGAACUGUAAUUUUGUAA